GUUCACCUGCUGUGUCUUUACUGGUAUAUUACUGAUUUGCUUUCCGUUAGAAAACCAUUUCCUCUGAUGUCAUCCACUUUCCACAAGAGAACAUCGGGUGAGUAUAAAAGUGCAUUUGACGGUUUUAUUAGUUUACCUAAAGUGUAUAUUAUUCAAAGUGUCUGUGUUUAUGAGUGUGUGCGUAUGUGUCAGGGUUUUCUUAAAGUUUGAGUCUGUAAACGUGUGUGAGCAGGUGUAUGUGUGCGUGUGGGUGUGUGUAUGUGUAUACCUAGGGCCUUGUCAAAGUGUUUAAAGUUCAGCUGUGUUGACAGAGUUCCCAGUCUCUCUCUUUUAUGAUGGUUUGGAUUUUACUGACAGCUCUUUAUCUCUGCAUGCCAGCAUGGAGUGCUCUAAAGGUGACCCAGCCCUAUCGCAUAGUAAGCAGUAAUGGUACUGCACGCCUCCAGUGCUUUAUCCACCCUCUGCCCUGGCCACACAGCCUGCAUCCGGACCAACCCCUGCCCCAGCCCUCCUACCCUUACUCUGAGCCCAAGGAGCUGCGUGUGUCCCUUGUGAAAGGCCUGCACCACUACCAGGAACUCUGCUCCAGCCUCCUCAUCAUCGCCGACCAGGAGGAAGGAGAGGCGGAAAAGACGGGAGCGGUGCAGUGCCAUGCCGAACAGAAGGAGGGCACUGUUGAGCUGACAGUGUCAGGACUGAGGGCUGAGGACACUGACAUUUAUGUCUGUGUCGUAGAGAUCCUAUAUCCACCCCCAUAUCUUCGUAUAACUGGCAACGGAACGCUCAUACAUGUAUUAGAGAGUCCAGCUUGCCCGGUCUCCGAGACUCAGAGACAACGCACAGACUGGGAUGGUGACGACGGUGAAGAUGAUGAUGGGGAAGACGGAGCAGCAGUCGGGCACUUGCCACUUAGUGUCCCCGUAAUUGUACUGGUCACGCUGGUGGUGUUUGUGCUCGGUCUCAUCAUCCUUUUCCAGAUUCUUCAUCACAGGCAAGGAAGGAGGACAACUGUAAGAAUGGUACCUGAAAUGCCUCACAAGAUGGAGGCUGCUGUCUUUGCUUAUGGAAACAUCGAAGACGUUAAAGAAUGCAUGACUGGGCACCAUUCCCCGUGAAUAGCCUGGAUAGCCAACCCUGCUACGAUCUGCUGUCACCUUGCCUCAAAUAACUUAUUAUGACUUGUUUCAGUGGAGGAUUCAAAGUGUUUUAUGGACCAAACUCAUAUGAGUAGUAACUUUCUCAUACUGCCCACAAAUACAAUGUCCCACAAGUCAACAGCAAAUACAAAAGAAAAUGCAAUUCAAGAUUCAAAGGUUUAUUUGUCACAUACAUCAUGUACAAGUGCAGUAAGCAGUGAAAAGUGAUAAAAAAUGUUUUUUUCGGUCCCCCCCCCGUUUCUCCCUAAUUGUAUCCGGCCAAUUCCCCCUCUCUUCCAAGCUGUCCCGGUUGCUGCUGCAACCCCUCUGCCGAUCCGGGGAGGGCUGCAGACUACCACAUGCCUCCUCCGAUACAUGUGGAGUCACCAGCCGCUUCUUUUCACCUGACAGUGAGGAGUUUCGCCAGGGGGACGUAGCGCCUGGGCGGAUCACGCUAUCCGCGCCCCCCGAACAGGCGCCCCGACCGACCAGAGGAGGCGCUAGUGCAGCAACCAGGACACAUACCCACAUCCGGCUUCCCCCCCGCAGACACGGCCAAUUGUGUCUGUAGGGACGCUGACCAAGCCGGAGGUAACAUUGGGAUUCGAACCGGUGAUCCCCGUGUUGGUAGGCGACGGAAUAGACCACUAUGCUACCCGGACACCCAGUGAAAUCAUUUUUUGCCAACUCCAGAACU